GGCGUCUUUCCGAAGUCUCGCUGUUAACUCAGAGGAGGAAAGUUUGACCCAAACACCGUGAAGAUGUCAAACACCGCGAGGGGCCGACAAGAUAGUGCGGCACUGUUUGUUCUCUCCGCGGUAUGUUUAGCCUUAAUAACAAUUAUCAGCGUUUGGAAAUUAAAGCAAUUCAAAUACAGACUCAUUAAUGAAGCUGGAGGUGCAAUGUUGUACGGUGUCUUUCUGGGCUUAGCCAUCAGGUACUUGUGGGUGGACCGAGAGGAGCAUUUGGAGAACAUGGGCAGUGUUUGUUCUUGCCACGGUCUAAACAGCACUCCUCAUGUCAUAAUGGUCAACCUCUCAUCCCGCGAGCACUGUUAUAGACUUAUUGAAAAGAAGGGCCAAAGAUGCUCGCAGCUCCCAAGUCCUCACACGGCUACGCUUGAUCCGCAAAUCCUUUUUGACCUUUUCCUGCCCCCCAUCAUCUUCUUUGGGGCUUACACCCUGAAUCAGAGCCGAUUCAUCAAGAAUCUGGGCUCUAUUGUGACCUAUGCUUUUCUGGGCACCAUGAUCAGCUCCUUGUGCAUAGGGGCCCUUGUCUACGGCUUCACCAGACUCAUGGUGCUUCUGAGACGAGCAGCAGAUGGAGAGUUCUCCCUCACUGACUGCCUCCUGUUUGGCGCAAUCAUGUCAGCCACUGAUCCUGUCUCAGUCCUCGGGCUAUUGUCGGACCUACGUGUGGAUUCGGAUUUGCACGCCCUGCUGUUUGGCGAGAGUGUCCUUAAUGAUGCCGUGGCCAUUGUCUUGACACAUGCCAUCACCUCCUAUGACCAGAUGGAAACAGGAAACGUCUUUCAGACACCUGCUUUCUUCCGCUCUGUUGGUUUCUUCGUCGGAGUGCUCAUUGGCUCCUUCCUUCUUGGAUUCAUAUUCACAGUAAUAACAGCCCUCCUCACCAAACUCACCCGACUCCAUGAGAAUCCUCUGCUGGAAACAUCAAUCUUCUUCCUGCUGUCCUGGAGCAGCUUCCUCUCAGCAGAAGCCUGUGGACUGUCAGGCAUUGUGGCAGUUCUGUUUUGUGGCCUGAGUCAGGCAAAGUACACAAGUCUCAAUUUGUCGCACGAGGGGAGUACAAGAACCAAACAGCUCUUUGAAGUCCUCAACUUCCUCGGGGAGAUUUUCAUCUUCGGCUACAUGGGAUAUAUAUGGUUUACAUUUCGUCACCAUGCCUUCAGAGCUCUCUUCAUCUCUGGAGCAUUUUUAUCCAUUUUUAUUUCAAGAGCCUGCAACAUCUACCCUUUGUCUUUCCUGAUAAACCUGGGUCGUACAAAGAAGAUUUCCCACAACUUCCAACACUUUAUGGUGUUUGCAGGUUUAAGAGGGGCCGUUUCUUUUAGCCUGGCUGUAAGAGACACUUCAACAGAAGCACGACGCACCAUCCUCACCACCACUCUGCUUCUGAUUGGCUUCACCGUCUGGGUGCUGGGUGCAGCUGCCGAUCCCCUGCUGGGCCAUCUGGACCUCAGAGUGGAAGAGGAGACAGACUGCAACCUUGAGGAUGUUUCCUCUGAGGUUGAUACGGAGAGGCAGGACACAUCACAAAGCCUAUGGCACCGUCUGGACCACCGAUAUCUAAUUCCCCUGCUGACCCACUGUGGCCCCCCGCUAACCGACUCGCUGCCACAGUGGUGUGGUAGGUUUUCUGGAGUCUUCUGUGGCCACCAAAAGCAGGAGGAUGAGGAGCAGCCCUUUGAGACUGAACCAGAGAACUUUGACUUCAAUUUGGACAAAUCUGAUCUUCCGUCCACACGAAGCAGCGACUCUGGGUCAGAGCAGCGAGAGGACCUGCUGGAGGGAGAUUUGGGCCUUGGCACCGGAGCAGCUCACGUCAUUGAGGAGUGAAUUUUCCCACUCUAACUUUGCCUUAUUAUUCCCCCCUGUUGCCUUAAUGCUAGCCCCCACCUCCCACAGAGCGCAGGGACCAUGAUCUGUUUAUUUCAAAGCCACCGAGUGGGAGUUUGUUACUGUGACUUGCAUAAGGUCACACAACCCCCAUGUGUUGAGUUGUGUGCAAAAACACACUCGCGCUGGAAGGAAGAGACAAUUAGUGAAGGCUGGCAUUCUUCCUGUUUCUCUGCUGGAUGUAUUGUCCUGCUUUGUUUUAAAUUUAUUUUCAUCUGCAGGACCAUGUCUGUAAAUUAGAAUCAAAAAGUUAAUUUAUUUCAAUUCAAAAAGUGAACCUCAUACAUAGAUUUAUUACACAGAGGAAUAUCACACGAUAUUAAAAGAUAAUUAUUUUUUAACAGAGAGGCUAUGUUAUGGGAGUGUUCUACAGACUCAUGGGGGAUGCUGUCGAUUUGACAGUCCUCCACAACGAGUGUAAGCUACAACAGGUUAGUUGCUAAAGAACCUGGCUGUUCUUUGUGUGCUGUAUCCAAAAUAUUAAUGAAGAGUUGAGUGGAAGGAUAAACUAUAAUAGGAAAAGGUCCACAACCAACAGGAACAAUAGGAUUUCAGGCUAACGCCCAUUCAAGAGCAGAUGAAGUCAGUGCUUCAGAAGUUAUCACACACCACAGCAUUCAGAACAUCAGAUAAAAUUGUCACAUUCCUUGUGGUAAGCCACUCCGGAACCAGAGACAACAUUCCUGAUAAGUGUGUUACCUGGUAUGAGGGGAAAAAGGACUACUUCUGCCUCAUGGUCCUAAGUCCAGCUGUUAUAUUUAAGUACAUUUUGCAUUUUAUUUCCAAAUUAGAAUCUCUGAGUCUGGACAAAGAGCGAAGAGGAGCAGAAUCCAAAUUGGUUGAGCUCCAGUGUGAGUUUUCCACUAAGUUUUCUGUUAGUAUGCAGUCAUGUUCAGUGAAUUAGAAUAUGUUUUGCAAUGAAGCUUGUUUGUUAAAUUCAAAGUAUUUUUUGAAAAUAACAUUUAAGCAGGUAUUAAACGUAGUUUUUAUUGAAAAUGUCUGUAUUCAAACUGUUUUGUUUUUAUAGCUCUGUUUUAAUAUUCUAAUCUUUUCAUCUAAUGAACUGAGUUACUGAAAUAAAUGAAAUUUUCAGUAUUAGACUAAUUUAUUAAACAUGACUGCCUUGGACGUAACACUGUGAAGAGAGAGGUGCUUAAGAACCGUUUGUGCUUGUAUUAUGUGUACAUAAUGUGUGAACGCCCUCACCAGCAUACACAGUGUUUCUUCGAAUCACCAGACCCAGGAUGUUAUUUCAGUGCCUGUUCUGCUUCUCUUUUCUGCCCAUCUCCUGAUUAAGCUUUCAUUACAUUUUGCCCUUUUCAGCUGUUUCAAAUUCCCCUACUCAUUUUCCUCCAUGUCCUCCUUAUCAUCCAAGAGCAUUCUGUAAACGUAAUAGUUCUGGCUCUUCUUAUAGAAUGCACGUUGUUCCCUUUUUGACUCAUAAAUCUCUGGGUCGUCCCACUUUUAUUCCCCUGGAGUCAAUCAGGGUGCAGUUUGCUGUAGGUUAGGCUUUGUGUAAUACAUCCACUGCCCUUGAAGUGAUCUCUCUUCUAUUUAUGCAACAAAUGCAUGACUACGUCUGUGGAAUGUGGUUCUUUCAGCUGUUGCUUUCUGAAAAUAUUUAACAUGUAAGUCUGAUAGCAAACUUGAUAAGAGUUACACUCUGAUUAAAGGGCUGAGAACAACAGCCUUUGAUCAUAUGUCUCCAGACUAAAAUUCUUAAAAGAGCUGUUUUCUAAAACUAACUGAAUAUAGUUUGAUUUGCUGACACAAUGCCUUCAGUCGCUAUGCACAGUAGUUUAAACAAAGUCAUCUCAGUUUUAUAACCCUUAUUUUCACUUCCUAAUUUUGUCGUUCAAUCUUAUGAAUUACAAAGGUUUUACUGAUGGGUUUUCUUCUCCUUACUGAUGUAGUUGUUACCAAUCAAUUUAUUUAUAGGAAGAGGACGUUGAUUAAACACAAGGACCUGCUUUUAGAGCUCAAUGUUUGCCAGUGGGAAAUAGAAUCAACCCCAAAACCUAAGAAACAACAAUUCCUUUAUUUUGUAAAUGCCAUCGUUCUGUAAUAACAAUCUUGUUAUUGUUAUUUUCACAAAAUUGGAUUUAAAAUUAGCAAGACAGGUUUAUCUCAAAUGAUUAAUGUUCUAUUUGUCUUGUGCUUGAAGUACUUUUUAUGAAUGCAAUGUUUUUAGAUGAUUUCUGUCUCUGAUUAUUUGUUUAUGUUUGCAUCUAAGUUUCCUCGGUUGCACAUUUUGUUUGUAUUCUAGCAGUUACUUUUUUUAUUUUAUUUACUUGUUUUAGAAUUUAUUGGUGUUAUGAUAGUUUGCAUACUGCUUUUUUUGUAUUUUACUAUAGACCACUGUGUUUUAAAAAAAAAAAGUAUGGAAAAUCUGACUGGUUGAUUGAAUAAAUUAGAAUAGGAUAUUUAAAAGGUGAAACUCAUAUAGCUUUUGUUCACAUAUAGUGAUAUAUUGCAAGUAUUUACAUAUAGAUGUUUAAAAAACAUUUAUUUUCUGUAACGUCAUACUUGUGAGAAAUAUAAUUUUAAACCAAUAGGAGAGGAUGACCAAUAAAGGACAAUGUUUUAAACAGAAAUGUUUAAAACAUCAUGGGGAAUACUUCUGACUGGGCUGUUGCUAAAAAAAAUUACUUUUAAAGUAACAGAAAAGAUUAUUUUAUAAAUGCUUGGAGCUAUAACGUUUUGCGUAUGGAAUUCUUACAAUUUGACUUUUCCCUUUUGAAUUUAACUUCAAAAAAACAAGCUCUAGUAUGGUGAUCUGAUUUAUUAAUCUGUAAAGUAAGUUUUAAUAGGCUUUUCUAUUACUUAAUUUUUUUUAAGUUGUUCUUGAGAUUUUUUAAAAUCACGAUUAAUGUAAAGGAGGGGUGUUUUUAGGUGUCUUUGCCCUGUGUUUUUGCUUUUGACUUCAGACCCAGGCAUGCAUGUGUUACAUGUCACACUUGUUUCUGCAAACAGCCUGAAGCUGAACUACAAGCACUGACCAUGUCCAACAGUAUGAAAGACGGGGCGAAAGAUGCGAAUGGGAAGUAAAUAGUAAAAACUUACUGCUCUAUUUAGGUUUUUUCCCUUUUUUUCUUUAUUACCUGAUAAAAAAGUUAAUAUGUCUGACAAAACGAUAUUCAUAAACUUUCCUGAGAG